GCGGACAUCAGCUGCUGGGGAACAGAGGAAGAGGAAGGGGUGGAGCUGCUUUGCGGCUGGACGCGAAGCAGUCCCCCGACUGCAGCGGGGGCUAGUCAGCUGUCUCUGGCGCUGCUCGGCCCCUUGAGAGCCUGCGCCUGGACCGGCGGGACACGGACGGGCGAAGCGGCCUAUCUAGAAACUUGGGCAAUGCCCCGCCACGGAGUAUCUCCCGGCCAGGGCCACCCUAGAUCCGGCGGGGAGACGGAAUCGGGGCGGUCUCGGGGGUCCCCCAGACUGAGGCUCCUGUGGAUAGGCCUGGCUCUGGCGUUGGCCCUGCCCGACUCCCUGGUUCUCUGGGCCCCUGCCGGGGCCCACCCUCUUCCCUCCCAAAGCCAUCCCGCCAGGUUCGGUCGCUUAGUGCCCCAGCUCCGCAACGCCUUUGGGUGGUGGAAUCUCACCUGCCCAGUCUGCAAAGGCUUGUUCACCGCCAUCGACUUUGGGCUGAAGAAGGAGCCCAGUGUGGCCUGGAUGGGCUCCAUGGCCACCAAGCUCUGCAAACUGCUGAAGAUAGCACCGCCUACUGUGUGCCAGUCAGCUGUCCAGCUCUUUGAAGAUGACAUGGUGGAAGUGUGGACACGCUCAGUGCUGAGCCCAUCUGAGGCCUGUGGUCUGCUCCUGGGCAACACCUGCGGGCACUGGGACAUCUUCUCAUCUUGGAACAUCUCUUUGCCAGCUGUACCAAAGCCUUCCCCACAACCACCCAAACCCCCAGCCCCAGGCGCCCCCGUCAGUCGCAUCCUCUUCCUCACUGACCUGCACUGGGAUCAUGACUACCUGGAGGGCACAGACCCUGACUGUGAGAAUCCGCUGUGUUGCCGCCAGGAUUCUGGCCUGCCACCUACCUCCCGCCCAGGUGCUGGAUACUGGGGCGAGUACAGCAAGUGUGACCUGCCCCUGCGGACCCUGGAGAGCCUGUUGAGCGGGCUGGGCCCUGCUGGCCCCUUUGAUAUGGUGUACUGGACAGGAGACAUCCCCGCCCACAACGUCUGGCAUCAGUCACGUCAGGACCAGCUUCGGGCCCUGACCACUGUCACAGCCCUUGUGAAGAAGUUCUUGGGCUCAGUGCCUGUGUACCCUGCUGUGGGCAACCACGAGAGUACACCUGUCAAUGGCUUCCCUCCCCCUUUCAUAGAGGGCAAUUACUCUUCCAGCUGGCUCUAUGAGGCAAUGGCCAAGGUGUGGGAGUCCUGGCUACCUACUGAAGCCCUUCACACUCUCAGAAUUGGGGGGUUCUAUGCCCUUUCCCCACGUCCUGGCCUCCGUCUCAUCUCUCUCAAUAUGAAUUUUUGUUCCCGUGAGAACUUCUGGCUCUUGAUCAACUCCACAGAUCCCGCUGGACAGCUCCAGUGGCUAGUGGGGGAGCUUCAGGCUGCUGAGGAUCGAGGAGACAAGGUACAUAUAAUUGGCCACAUUCCCCCGGGGCACUGCCUGAAGAGCUGGAGCUGGAAUUAUUACCGAAUAGUAGCCAGGUAUGAGAACACCUUGGCUGGUCAGUUCUUUGGCCACACCCACGUGGAUGAGUUUGAAGUCUUCUAUGAUGAGGAGACCCUGAGCCGGCCGCUCUCUGUAGCCUUCCUGGCACCCAGUGCCACCACCUACAUCGGCCUUAAUCCUGGUUACCGAGUCUACCAAAUAGAUGGCAACUACCCGGGGAGCUCUCAUGUGGUCCUGGAUCAUGAGACCUACAUCCUGAACCUGACCCAGGCUAAUGAACCAGGAGCCACGCCAUACUGGCAGCGUCUCUAUAGGGCAAGAGAAACCUACGGGCUGCCCAAUGCACUGCCUGCUGCCUGGCAUGACUUAGUGUAUCGCAUGAGGGGUGACACGCAACUAUUCCAGACCUUCUGGUUUCUCUACCAUAAGGGCCACCCGCCCUCAGAGCCCUGUGGCAUGCCCUGCCGCCUGACGACUCUGUGUGCCCAGCUCUCUGCUCGUUCUGACAGCCCUGCUCUAUGUCGCCAUCUAGUGCCAGAUGGAGGCCUCCCGGAUGUCCAGAGCCUGCAGCCAAGGCCACCUUUCUGCUAGCACCCCCAGGGCCCAGAGCUAGGAAAGUGGAAAUCUUAGAAAAGGAACAAAACCCCACAUGAUAGCUGUGGUAAGAAGUGCAUCUGAGCCCCAAGCACACCAGGGAAACAGGACCUUCUUUCAUAGAGCUGGUUUGGCUAGAUAAAGGAGAAGGGGCAGCUGUUCUGCCUGGGCCCAGCAUCUAAGCUGCCCUGGGACUACUGCCAUUCAUGGCUGUGGAGCAAAGGUCUAAGUUGGCACUGUGCCAGCAGAUCAGACAGGAGCUGUGCUGGCCAGCCAGGAACCCUGUACUGCUGCUGUCGCCUGGUUGCCAGGCUGUUAAAAUAAAGAUAAGAGACAUGGACUCCAGA